UCACACACGCAAGUAGUCCUCAGCACGCCCUCGCGCUCCGACUCCAUCCUCUUCUCUCCUCUCCAACGGCGCCAACUCCGAUCCGGAGCCAGGAGCCCGGAGGCAAGCAUGUCUCGGCGCGCGGCAGCGAGGCUCGUCCGCCGCCUGGGGCCGCUCGUCGUCGAGGCACCGGCGGCGCGAGGCAUGUCUGAUACUCAAUAUGGAUGCGCAAACCACACUGUGAAUUCUCGUAGAAGAUUCCACUGGAUUCCAAGUCCACAGCACCCUCAGUACAGACGUAGAACUAUGGGAACAUAUGAUGCUGAACACAGUGCUAACAAAGCUUCUGAAGUUCACAAGCGUACAUUUGGUACUGCAGCAACACACAUUCAGAGGAAUCCAGCCUAUUCAGAGCUCAACUCUGAUGAUGUUUCCUACUUCAAGAGCAUCUUGGGUGAAAAUGGUGUAGUUCAGGAUGAAGACAGGUUGGCAGUUGCAAAUGUGGACUGGAUGGGAAAAUACAGGGGUGCAAGUCAGCUAUUGCUUUUACCAAAAAGUACUACUGAGGUUUCUAAGAUUCUUUCUUAUUGCAACUCCAGACGAUUGGCUGUUGUUCCACAGGGUGGCAACACAGGCCUUGUAGGUGGCAGUGUGCCUGUUUACGAUGAGGUGAUCGUCAGCCUUGCUGGCAUGGACAAAAUCAUUUCCUUUGAUAACGUAAAUGGUAUUCUUACUUGUGAAGCUGGUUGUGUGUUGGAGAAUUUAAGUGCCUUCGUGGAAAAUGAAGGGUUUAUUAUGCCACUUGACUUGGGAGCGAAAGGUAGUUGCCACAUUGGUGGAAACAUUUCAACUAAUGCCGGUGGCCUGCGUUUCAUACGCUAUGGUUCACUUCAUGGAAAUGUACUUGGUCUUGAAGUUGUCCUGGCCAAUGGAACUGUCCUUGAUAUGCUUACUACUUUACGGAAAGACAAUACUGGAUAUGAUCUGAAGCACUUAUUUAUUGGAAGUGAAGGUUCGCUAGGAGUAGUCACCGGAAUAUCAGUACUUACGCCUGCAAAGCUACCUUCAACUAAUGUUGCAUUUCUUUCCUGCAAUGACUACAUAAGCUGUCAGAAAUUACUGCUGGCAGCUAGGAGGAACUUGGGUGAGAUCCUAUCUGCAUUUGAGUUCAUGGAUGAUCACUGUAUUGAUCUGGCUAUGAGACAUUUGGAAGGAGUUCAGAAUCCUUUACCUGCAUCUCCGUACAAAUUUUAUGUUCUAAUUGAGACCACAGGAAGUGAUGAAUCGUAUGACAAAGCAAAGCUGGAAGCUUUUUUGCUGCGUUCAAUGGAAGAUGGUCUGGUAGCUGAUGGAGUUAUAGCACAGGAUAUCAGCCAAGCAUCAAAUUUUUGGCGAAUCCGUGAGGGUAUAUCAGAAGCAUCUGUCAAAGUUGGGGCUGUGUACAAAUAUGACUUGUCCAUACCUGUAGAGAAGCUCUAUGAUAUUGUUGAAGAAAUGCGUUGCCGUGUUGGUGAUAAUGCAGAAGUAUUGGGCUAUGGCCACCUUGGAGAUGGGAAUCUGCAUUUGAACAUCUUGUCAAGCAAAUACGAUGACAAUAUUCUUGCACAAAUUGAACCAUUCGUCUAUGAGUGGACUUCAGCACAGAGAGGAAGCAUCAGUGCAGAGCAUGGUUUGGGGCUAAUGAAAGCUGAGAAGAUUCACUACAGCAAAUCACCCGAAGCAGUGCAACUAAUGGCUUCUAUCAAGAAAUUGCUAGACCCCAACUCAAUCCUAAACCCCUAUAAGGUUCUACCUCAGUCUGUACUGUAGCUGGAGGUAUUCUUUUAUCCUAUUGUCCGGUCGGUUGUUGGAACGACGCGAGCCGGGCUGGGCCUCGAUUCCUUGAAUGGAACUGAGUUACUUUGUACCAAUUUCCUCCCCCCUAAGAGAUGGAAACUGAGGCCAUAUUGCGCUGCUUCUGCCAGCAACAUGUUAGGAGCUCUGUAACGAUUGAGCAAUGAUCCAGAGCUACUUUGGUGGUGUGAGUACAUCUUGGAGAGGAGAGCAGAGUGAAUAGUUGAGUUGAACAUAGCGAUCAUAAGAGGGGUAUGCUGUUUACUGAUCUGCUGUACCAAUAGCUGAGACGAACAAGGCGUUUGGUGGUUGCAUCAGGAAAGAUUGGCGGUCGCGAAUUGGAGUUAACAAAGUUUAUUUGUUGUAAAUAAUUCAGAUGUGAGCAUCUGACAUGCUAGCAAAUGUUGUAUGGAUGCACAUCUCAAAUAGAAGCGAUUCUAGCCAACAAUAAAGAGAAUACAGUGUUCGAGUUA